GCCCAGUUGCGUAGUGGAAGACGACAUUUUCUUUAACCGAGUAAGCACGAAGGUGUUGUUUUUCUAACUCCAAGCUGGCGUAUUUUUCGCGGGUUUGUUGUUUGUAAAAGUCUGUUUUCAUGCUGUAAGGAGUUACAUGCAGAAGUUGCACCCUAAUCUACUCUAAAACACCCUCAUAACAUAUUACAUAUCUACUGCUUAUCAGAAAAAAAACGCAUUUCCACAAACCAGGUAGGACCAGCGUUUCUUCGUUUCGUUCUGGAAGAAAAGGUAAUUAUUCUGCUGGGGUUUUACUUUACUGGUCAAGGAGAUGAGAGGAAGCUCCUCAUAUGGAGACCGAGACAGAGAUCGAGGACGGGACAGAGGGCCUCGCUUUGGAUCCAGUCGAGUUGUCCAACCUCCACCUAAGAAGUUUGGGAAUCCAGGAGAUAGACUGAGGAAGAAGAAAUGGGACCUGGACCAGCUGCCCAAAUUUGAGAAGAAUUUCUACAGUGAACAUCCCGAGGUUCAUCACAUGAGUCAGUAUGAUGUUGAAGAAUAUCGCAAGAGAAAAGAGAUCACUGUCAGAGGCUCUGGCUGUCCAAAGCCUGUUACCAACUUCCAUCAAGCUCAAUUCCCUCAAUAUGUGAUGGAAGUGCUGCUGCAGCAGAACUUUAAAGAGCCCACUGCUAUCCAGGCUCAAGGUUUUCCUUUGGCUCUCAGUGGCAGGGACAUGGUGGGCAUCGCUCAGACUGGCUCUGGAAAAACACUGGCUUAUCUGCUGCCUGCCAUAGUGCACAUUAACCAUCAGCCAUACCUAGAGAGAGGGGAUGGCCCUAUUUGUCUUGUGCUGGCACCCACGCGUGAAUUAGCCCAGCAGGUGCAGCAAGUGGCUUAUGACUAUGGCAAAUCAUCCCGAAUCAAGAGUACCUGUGUUUAUGGUGGAGCCCCUAAAGGUCCACAGAUCAGAGAUUUAGAAAGAGGUGUUGAAAUCUGCAUUGCGACACCUGGCCGUCUGAUAGACUUCCUGGAGGCAGGAAAAACCAACCUACGCCGUUGCACCUACCUGGUGCUAGAUGAGGCUGAUCGUAUGUUGGACAUGGGUUUUGAACCCCAAAUCCGCAAAAUUGUUGACCAAAUUAGACCUGACAGACAGACUCUCAUGUGGAGUGCUACCUGGCCUAAAGAAGUGCGUCAGCUGGCUGAAGAUUUCCUCCAUGACUAUGUCCAAAUCAAUAUAGGAGCUCUAGAACUAAGCGCAAACCACAACAUCCUGCAGAUAGUGGAUGUCUGCAUGGAAAAUGAAAAAGACAACAAGCUGAUUCAGCUGAUGGAGGAAAUCAUGGCUGAAAAGGAGAACAAAACCAUCAUCUUUGUUGAGACAAAGAAACGUUGUGAUGAACUGACUCGUAGGAUGCGAAGAGAUGGGUGGCCUGCAAUGUGUAUUCAUGGUGACAAGAGCCAACCAGAGAGGGACUGGGUACUAUCAGAGUUUCGCAGUGGAAAAGCUCCGAUUUUGAUCGCCACUGACGUUGCAUCACGGGGUCUGGAUGUGGAGGAUGUUAAAUUUGUCAUCAACUAUGACUAUCCAAACUCUUCUGAGGAUUAUGUUCAUCGCAUUGGCCGCACAGCUCGCAGCACCAACAAAGGUACAGCCUACACCUUCUUCACACCUGGAAACCUUCGGCAGGCUCGUGAUCUGGUCAGGGUUCUUGAGGAGGCUAGACAGGCCAUCAACCCCAAACUACUGCAGCUGGUGGACACAGGUCGUGGGGGAAGUGGAGGUGGAAGGAUGCGUUACCGUGGCAACAACUCAAGCUCAAAUAACCCCAACUUGAUGUACCAGGACGAAUGUGAUCGCCGUAUGCGCUCUGCAACGGGGGGUAACAAGGGCAGCCGCAGCAACAACUUUAGCCGUGAUGGAAGGUCAGGUGGGAGCAGCCGUGACGACCGCUUGUCCUCGUCUUCUUACAGAGAUCGCAGUAGGGAUGGACGAAACAACUACAACUCAGCGCCCUCCUACAACAGUGGAGGUGGUGACCAAUACCAGAGCUAUGGGGGCGGAGGAGGGGGGCAGUAUGGCUCCAGAGGGGGAGGCUCGCAUCCAGGUGGGGGUGGUAGUGGGGGAGCCGGAGGGCAAGAUCAAGCUGGACCUCCCCAAGGUAUGUUUGGAGCGCCACCUCCAACUCCUCCUCAGCCUGGGCCAGGUCCGCAACCACUCAUGGCACAACAGUUCCCUCCUCCACCACAGCCUGUCAUGGGAUUCAUGGGUCCUGGCCCAUACCCAUUUGCCUCACCACCACCACCCCUUCCUCCCCCUCCCAGAAAGUAGCAUCCAGAGGCAUUGCUGUCUUUUCAAAUCUUUUGUUGUUGUAAUAGUAACCUGCCCUGUUACCAGUCUGUACGUUUGAAUAUAGCUGUGUAAUAUGGUGUGCUCUUUUUCUGUUGUAUUGUCAUAGAAAAGGAUGGCUUUGCAUUUAAUCAAGCCAGUGGUCCAGGGAAUUGAGAGAAGGGCUUCUCGACUGUUUUUUGGUUCUCAAAUCUGGGUCCUGAAGAAAAACCAGCUACGAAGCAUCUUCAGUUUGUCGUAAAAACUGAAUUAUCUUUAGAUAUUGUGACUUUUUUUUUUAUGUGUAUCUUCCUAAAUACAUCUUUUGAUUACAGUUGGUCAAUACUUAUUCAUGAUGUUUAUUGAUGUUUUUAAAAACAGUGUAAUUUGUUUUAUUAAAGAUUUACUUACUUAGUUUUGCUAACUUUUAGUCAUUUUGCUAACUUCAACCACACACCCUGGAAAACCCACCCACCAAUGUCUGCCAACUCAACGUCAUCAACCUGCAAACAUGCAAAAUGACUGAUAGAUGGAGGUAGCUUCCAUUUCAAAAGCUAACCACUCUGCAUCUUAUCUUAGCACUAGCCAAUUAAUAUGCUUAACCUUACCUAUACCCAAUGCAAACAUUCAAUUAUACUGUUGUUUGCAUUAUUGCAUUACUAUAUUGUAUGAUCAGGCAUUACCAACAGCUAUCCCCUGGGGUCCUGGACAAGACUCAGCAGAAUCAACUUGUUCAUGACAGCCCUCUGAUUGGAAGGGAGCUGGAAAUGAACAAAUUCUUUUUAUAUAAUCACUUUGUAUUACAGAUUUUAAUAAAGAGUUCAAUACA